UCACGUUCCCCGAUUGGCGACAUUUCUUGUCACCCAGUUGUCAUUGAAAAUGUUAACAGUGAGGUCAUUUUCCCUUUUAAAUUCGUUUUUCACGGAUUUAUUUCUCGGUUCCGGUUAAUCAGAGUUCCUCCAAAACAUGUCACCGGUUAAAGUGAUACUCCUGGCAUGCGGGUCAUUCAACCCCCCGACUAACAUGCACCUCCGAAUGUUCGAAAUCGCAAGGGAUCAUUUACAUCGAUUGGGGAACCACGUCGUGAUCGGAGGCCUAAUUUCGCCGGUGCAUGAUGGUUACGGCAAGAAGGAAUUGGAAGCUGCGACCCACCGUAUAGCCAUGAUUAGGUUGGCUUUACAGAGCUCAGACUGGAUUAAGUUGUCAGAUUGGGAGUGCAAACAGGAGAGUUGGAGCCGGACGAAGCAAGUCUUGCAGUAUCACCAGAACCACGUCAAUGCUCUUCUGAACACCUCGAUUAAUAACCAUUUUGAUAAAAUAAACGAAGACAAUUUAAACUGGGUGCCUGACAAUGUGAGAAACUGCGGGGACAAUGUGCAGAUUAAACUGCUGUGUGGGGCCGACUUGUUGGAGUCUUUCGGGACCCCCGGCUUGUGGUCAGAUGAUGAUAUUGAGGCAAUUGUGGGGCAACAUGGCCUGGUUGUGAUAACGCGCUCAAACACCAAUCCCAAUGAAUUUAUUUACAAUUCAGAUGUACUUACGAAAUAUAUGUCAAACAUAACUAUCGUGACUGAAUGGAUCCAGAACGAAGUUAGUUCGACUAAAAUCAGGCGAGCUUUGCGCCGAGGAGAGUCGAUCAAAUAUUUAAUACCGGAAAAAGUUGUCGAUUACAUCCACAAACACAACUUAUACGGCAGUAAAACCACUAAGUAUUUAACCCCUGAAUUAAACUCAAACUUCUUGACUCCGUCGCCUUCUGACGUGCAAAUGGAGUCUCCUAGCCCCAACAAUUGCAUGAUUAUUUGUAACAACACUUUGUUCUCCCGUAAUUACGACAAGCGCCUAUCGAUUGAUACGGUCGAUAACGUGUCAAAAACCAACGUUUUGAACACAAUACGCCACCCCGGCCAGGCUGUAAAAAUAAUAACCGAAAGCUCCGGCGACCACAAAGUAAUCAAAGACCCGAAAGAGGUACGUAAAGAAGACAAGAAACCGCUCAAAAACUCGAAAAGUUGCGCCAACAUUGACGAAUUACACAAAACCAACAUAAAAACCAGCAAAUCGAAUGCCAAUCUCAAAGAAUGCAAGAGCUGUGAUGAAAACUUAAUCAAAUUUAUUUUUACCAAACACGGAAUUCAAGUCAUUAGCGAUGUUGAGACUAUUGUUUAACUGCAUGUUAGUCAGACAUCUAUCUCUUGGCUGUGUUUCAUUUGACGAAAGAUCAAAGCAUUGUCAAUGUCGCUCUUCCAUUUUUCUUAUACACACUAAUGCAUGAGUGUAGCAUGAUUUUCUG